CCCAAACCCUAGUCUCAGCACCCCUCCCAUUUCCUCCGGCUCUCCGCAGCUUCCCUCGCCCCCCCGCACCCCCUUCCCUCGCCGCCCGGGCUGCAAAAAACAAGCCAACCAAGAAAUGGGUCGCGUCCGCACCAAGACAGUGAAAAAGUCCUCCCGCCAAGUCAUCGAGCGGUACUACUCCAAGUUGACGCUGGACUUCCAUACCAACAAGAAAGUCCUCGGCGAAGUCGCCAUCAUCCCGUCAAAAAGGCUCCGAAACAAGAUCGCCGGGUUCUCCACCCAUCUCAUGAAACGGAUCCAAAAGGGCCCAGUUAGGGGUAUUUCGCUCAAGCUUCAAGAGGAGGAGAGAGAGCGCCGCAUGGACUUCGUUCCUGAAGAAUCCGCGAUCAAGACCGACAGGAUUGAGGUCGAUAAGGAGACCAUUGAGUUGCUUGCCGUCAUGGGUAUGAACGAAUUGCCCGGUAUUGUCCUCAAGGAGGAGCAGUCUCCUCUCAUGGUUGCUCCGCCUUUGGCUUAUGGCGCUGGUGGCCGCGGUAGGAGGUACUAGACAGGUUUUGUCGUGGAUCAAUGUACUUCUUUUUUAAUUUGUUUUGGACUUUAAUUCAAGAGGUAUUUAGACUUGUUUACUGUUGUUAUUAUUAAGUGGUUUAAUUUUGAGUUUAAAUGUGUUUGGAACAUUUUUUGGGAAUUGCUAUGUUGGAUUUUUCUUACACAAA